CUAUAUAAUCCAUUGUUGUCUCUGCUCCCCUCUUUCAAAAUCUUGAUUUCCUCUUCUCUUUCCGUGUUGGAAACCCUAGAAAUUUUAGGGUACCAGAGCUCGCUGAAUUAUUGCUUCCACGCCCUAGAUUUCUGCAGAUAAACCCUGUUUCUCUUACCCAUUUCCGUUUAAUUUCUCUCUCUGUACCGUGGAUCUGGAUUCCAUUCCCAAGUUCACCCCUUUAAUCGAAUUCAUUGCUUUAAUUGCACUCCAAAUCGGGAAAGUCUCGUAAGAUAUCGUCGAAAGCUUGAUCAAAUUGGAGCAUGAGAAGGGCUGACAAAGAAACCGAUGACAGGUUAUCGCCGUCGGCGACUGCUUCGACGUCGAUCACUGAGACAGUGAAUGGCUCACACGAUUUUAGGAUCACUGGGUACUCGUUGUCGAAGGGGAUUGGGAUCGGAAAGUACGUGACCUCCGAUACGUUCGUGGUGGGUGGAUUUUCUUGGGCAAUCUAUUUCUAUCCCGACGGGAAGAGCGUAGAGGACAAUGCUACCUACGUUUCUCUGUUCAUCGCUCUUGCGAGCGAGGGGACGGAUGUGAGGGCGCUUUUUGAAUUGACGCUUAUUGAUCAGAGCGGCAAGGAGAGGCAUAAGGUUCAUACCCAUUUCGGCAGGGCGUUGGAGAGCGGCCCUUACACCCUUAAAUACCGUGGAAGCAUGUGGGGAUAUAAAAGAUUUUUCAAAAGAACGGUUCUUGAAUCGUCGGACUACCUGAAAGAUGAUUGCCUUCAAAUUCAUUGUUGUGUUGGGGUUGUUAGGUCUCGGACCGAGGGGCCUAAGACCUACGCUAUAUCUGUACCGCCAUCAGACAUUGGCUUGCACUUUGGGCAGCUUCUGGAAAGUGGAAAGGGGACUGAUGUGAACUUUGAAGUUAAUGGAGAGACCUUUGCAGCUCACAAGUUGGUACUUUCUGCCCGGUCACCGGUGUUUAGAGCACAACUUUUUGGUCCAAUGAAGGAUCAAAACAUGAGCAUUAAUGUUGAAGAUAUGGAGGCCCCUGUUUUUAAGGCUCUCCUGCAUUUUAUAUACUGUGAUGUGUUGCCUGAUAUGGAAGAACUUACGGGUAUGAACUCAAUGUGGGCUUCAACCUUGAUGGCUCAGCAUCUACUCGCAGCUUCUGAUCGGUAUGGUUUAGACAGGCUUAGGUUGCUCUGUGAGGCUAAUUUGUGCGAGGACGUGACCAUUAAUACUGUUGCCACAACUUUAGCCUUAGCUGAACAACACCAUUGCUUCCAGCUGAAGUCUGUCUGUCUCAAAUUCAUUGCGUCGCCUGAAAACCUUAGAGCUGUCAUGCAGACAGAUGGUUUCGAAUACUUGAAAGAAAGCUGUCCUCGGGUCCUAACAGAACUGUUGGAGUAUGUGGCGAGGGUGAAUGAGCACCCCGCGAUUGCAAGCAAGCUGUUAAAAGAAGCUAUCCAAGAUGGGAGUGACACCAAUGGUAGGCGUGUGAAACAGAGACUAUAGUCGAUGCUGCCUUGUUGUAAACAUCAGCAAUGUAGCCAAGAAACCGAGAACUGAGGUCUAGCCAAAAUGCAUUUUUAGGGUUAGAAAUAUUUCAUCAGGUGCCACUAUUCUAGAUUAACAAAGCUGUAAAUUUAGGGUUUUCUUGUAAUGAUGAAAGCCUUAUAUUGUCCAUUUCUCUGUGUAGUAGGAUGAAAAUGUGCCUAAUCAUGUAAACUGGAAGCUUCAGAGUACAUAUAAUCUUUCUAUGGCCUAUAUUGACUAGAAUAUCAAAA